AUGUCAUCAAGAGAUAAACAAGAUUUUAGAUUAAAAGAAUUCAAAAAAUCAAUUGAUAGUGAAUCAGCUAGAAGAAAAAGAGAAGAAAAUACAAAUGGUAUUAGAAAAUCAGCUAGAGAAGAAUCAAUUUCAAAGAGACGUGGUAUUGUUCAAACCCAACCAAACGUUGCAUAUGAAAUUGUUAUUCCAAGUGAUAUUCAAGAACAAUUCCAAACAUAUGAAAAAGAAACACUAGAAAAUAAAUUAAAAAAUUUAAAUGGUUUAGUUCAAGCAUUAAAUUCAAAUGAACAAGCUUUAGUAUUUUCAGCCUUAUUACAAUUUAGAAAGUUAUUAUCAAUUCACAAUAAUCCACCAAUUGAUGAAGUUAUCGAGUGUGGUGUCAUUCCAAAAUUCAAUCAAUUACUUGAAUGUGGUCAUCCAAAAGUUGCAUUUGAGGCUGCUUGGGCUUUAACCAACAUUGCUUCUGGUAAUAAUAAACAAACAUUGGCUGUUAUUAAUGGUGGUUCUGUUCCAAUUUUCGUCUCAUUGCUUUCUUCAAACACCACUGAUGAAGUUAAAGAACAAUGUGCUUGGGCUAUCGGUAAUAUUGCUGGUGACACCGUUGCCGCUAGAGAUUAUCUCCUUAGUUUAGGUGCUAUGCAACCAUUAAUUAAAUUAUUUGAUUCACCAAAAAUUACAUUAGUUCAAAAUGUUACAUGGACUGUUUCCAAUUUAUGUCGUGGUAAACCACACCCAGAUUUUUCAAUUGUUUCACAAUGCCUCCCAUCCAUCAAGAAGCUUUUAGAUUGUGAAGAUUUGCCAUCCGAAGUAUAUGGUGAUUUAUGUUGGGCCUUAUCCUACUUGACAGAUGGUGCUAACGAAAAAAUUCAAACUGUUAUCGACAGUGGUGUCCUCACAAGACUUGUUGAACUCUUAGAACAUGCUGAAGGUAUUGUUUAUACUCCAGCUCUUCGUGCUGUUGGUAAUAUCGUCACUGGUGAUGAACAUCAAACUCAAGCAAUCGUCGAUUUAGGCGCCAUUGGUAGCAUUACUCGUCUUUUAGGUAUUCCAAAGAAAUCAAUUAGAAAAGAAAGUUGUUGGGCUCUUUCAAAUAUUACUGCUGGUAACUCUGCACAAAUUGAAGCCGUCAUCUCUAAUCCAAGCACUGUCAGCUCACUCAUUUCACUUUUAUCACACAGCGAAUUCGAAAUUAAAAAGGAAGCUUGUUGGGCUCUUUCCAAUGCCACCAAUGGUACAUCUCAAGUCAUUAAAACUUUAUGCCGUAGUAAUCUCAUUAAACACUUUAUCGAUCUAUUAAAUACAUCUGAAUUAUCAAUCCUCAAAAUCGUCCUUGAAGGUCUUAUCAAUAUUGUCAAAGAUGGUGAACAAAUCAAAGAUAAAAGUGGUAUCAACCCAUACAUUGAAGUCAUCAGUGAAUACGAUGAAACCGUUAUUUACGAAUUACAACACCACAGUUCAAAAGAUGUUUACAAGAAAGCCAUGGAAUUAUCUCAAUACUUGGAUAGCCGUGAAUACUCUGACGGUGAAAAUUAUGAACCAAAUAAUUUUGAAUUUAAACCAGCCAAUGUCAAUCCAAGCCAAAUCAAUUUUUAA